AUGUCCGACAUAGACUUUACUCCUAAAUUUGCGCCCUUCUUUGGAAUGGCGGGGAUUACAUUUGCCAUGACCUUUGGAUGUAUCGGCGCAGCGUACGGAACAGCAAAGUCAGGCAUAGGAAUUUCGGGCGUUGGAACCUUCCGGCCAGACCUUAUCAUGAAGUCACUCAUUCCAGUCGUCAUGUCUGGUAUCAUUGCAGUCUACUCUCUAGUUGUAGCAGUUCUCAUAGCAGGAGAUAUGGGUCCACCACCCGGCCAAAACUAUAGUCUUUUUAACGGAUUUAUGCAUCUUGCGUGUGGUCUAUCUGUCGGGCUAACUGGAUUAGCUGCUGGAUAUGCAAUUGGUAUUGUUGGGGACAUGGGUGUACGAUCAUACAUGCUCCAGUCCCGAAUAUUCGUGGGCAUGGUAUUAAUACUUAUCUUUGGCGAAGUUUUGGGUCUCUACGGACUUAUUGUCGCCCUAAUUUUAAAUACGAAAAGCCGAGGAUGA